AUGAACUGGCAAAAGCAACGUCAGCACGUGCUCGACCGGCUCGCCUUCGUUCCAGGUUAGUUCGGGUUGGGGCAAUGGAAUGUUCCCUGUUCUCGCAUCUAUUUACGCUGUUUAUCAAUCAAUCCGCCUUCCGUUACCUAUUGACACAGUUCUCUCGCUCUCUCUUCCACCUUCUGCGCGCCCCGGCUUCACCCAAACACGGGUGUAACACGGCAAUCACCCACGCAUUCAAAUGACGAACAUUCUUUCGUUACGCUACUUUCUUACACUGUAGGAGAUAACAAGAAACUAGAAGAAGAAGAAGGAGAAGCCGUAAAAUUAUCACUCGUCAAUCUAUUGCGGAAAACUUGACAGUCUACAAUAGUUGUAGUUGACAUGUAACAAAAGAAAGACAGAGAGUAAAUAAAAAUCGGGAAUGUCAAAGUGAAAAGUUGCAGGCGGCACUGACAGGGAAGGCAAUGCUCUGAUGGUAGUUUCGACGUCACAAGUGCAAGAAUGCUCCUACGAAAACCUCGUUUCCCUUCUGGCACUUCUCUCGGACACUCUGCCGCCGUCGACUCUUUUUACCGUACUUCUGGACACCCGACACAUUCAGCUGAAACAACUAAAGUUUUAUCUGAGAGCAUGUCAGCAGGCACUAUACAAAAAGGUCCGACAAGUGCUCAUCAUCCAGCCGGAGAAGUUUCUAGACCAACAGAAGAUCAACUUCGAUCUGAUUGUCAGCGGAUACACUCUCAAGGUCUCUUUGAUUCUUUGGAGUUUUAAACGUUCUCCUUUCCAGACAGUUUUGCUCUCCAUGCACAAACUUUCCAAGUUCGUCGAUGUGAAUCAGUUGCCAGAACAGUUCGGAGGCACUCUAGGUUAUGACCCUGAUUCGUGGCUGGCUACGAGAUUAGUGAGUAGAGGACGUAAUGAAACAGUAGGAGAGAGAUAUUUUAGGAAGUGAAAAAGUGGCAGAACUACGUGGCAGAUUCAGACGCGGACAUAUCAAAGCACAAUACAGAAGAAGAUCGUUCGUGUAGGUUUCUGUACCAAAUUCUUUCUUGGAACUUGCUCAUUUUCAGUAGAAGAAUUCAUCUCAAAGUUGCAAGCUACGAAACGAAUUGAAGAUGAGUAUGCGGCGAACAGUUUGAGAAAAUCCUUGAAAGACAUCAAGAUAAAGGAAGAAGAGAACAGCAAAGACGGACUCAUCAAGGAUCACACCGCCGGUGUCUCCGACUUUCUCGAUUGGAUCGAGGGAUCCGGGGAGAAGUGGCUCAACUCUCUCUGCCAGAUUGCGGACAAUCUGGAUGAGGCGGAAAGUCUUGUGAAGCAGCAUGAGGAGCUCGGAAAUAAGACAAAAGUAAUUUCUAUUGAAGGGCAAAGAAUCAAUCCAAAAUUUCAGGAGAUCGAGGAGCAAAGUCAGCAGUUGGCAGAAAUGGCGACCCGAUUGAUGGCCGCCUGUCCCCAGGUGGCUAUAGUUCUUCAGAAAACCCGACAACAGAUCCGUGACGUGGCAGAGCACUUUGCCUAUCGAGUCGAAGCACAAUCACAGUUCUCGCAGACAAACAGAACGUUCCGAGAGAAAGUUGCCGAGGUUGUUAAAAAAAAAAGUGAAGAUUUGAGUAAACUGUAGAAUACGUUUUCAGUUCAACAAAAAAUCGGAUCAAAUGCUCGAGAAGGUGUGUGCGGAGGACGACACGAAAGCGAAAACGCUGGAGGAAUUGGCACAAACCAAAAAGGAAUUGGACGAUUUGGUGAACUCAAUGAGUGCGUCGAAUAGUAGUAUCCGGGCACCUUCUGAAGUCUCCGUUUCCAGAUAGUGCAUGCGAGGCCGCAAUAGACGCCGGCGAAGAAACGGCGACGAAGGCCCGUCAGUUCGGAGACGUUCUUCCGUGCGAAGAGUUCACAGUUAACAUAGACCGUAGUCUGAGCGAUUUAGUUAAACAACAGAAUAGGUUGGCAUUGAAAUCGUUCACUGUUUCGAUGACUAGUUAUUCAGGCAUAAUGAACUAGCUAGUGUAAAGCGAUUGGAGCAGCAGCAGCAGAUCCAAUUAGUGACGACCUACGGAGACUGUGAUCAGGCGAUCAAAUGGCUCGGGGAGCUCAAGGAGACGCUGCACAAGGAGUACAGUCUGUCGGAUGUGCACGAGGAAGCAGUCAGGAAUCUGCGGAAUGACAGACAGAACCUGGAUAAGACUGCAUUGGUGAGUUGACAUUCAGGAACUUUUCCGGAUCUUUCAGUGUUUCAGAGCACAUACCAGUACGGAAAGCAGCUAUUGUCGAUGGCCAAAACGACAGAAAGAGCGGCAAUGAAGGAGAGUUCGAGUGACGAGAAGAGAGAAAGACUGGAGCGUGCGUGGAGAGAAUUGGACGAUGCGAUCCGGAAGAACGAACAAAGACUGAAUGUGGUCGAAUCGUUUAUGAUCACUCACAGACAGAUGAUGGAAAAGGUGGGAGAGAUUGAGAAAUCCCUACGAGAACGGCUCCGAGUUAGUGGAAGGCUCAACUCGAUCACGUUGAGCACAGAGAGAAAACGGCUGAGAGAUAACAUUGAGGAGCUGUCGAACAUUGGGAAAAUGCUCAUCACACAGAUCAAUGCGGAUCAGUCGUAAGACCAGAGAGGUUGGUUUCAGCUUUAGGAAAAGUCGAUAUUUCAGCACAACAUCCGAAGACCGACAAACUGCAAUAAAGCAGAUUUCGGAUAAGAUCGACGAAGUAGUGACAGCGCAGCGAAGGAUGGAAAGUUUGAUCGGAGACGAGGAAGAGGCUGGAUCAAGUUCUUCUGGAAAAGACGACAAGGUUUAAGCCGCGGAUUCACAUUUUCCUUCAUCUUUGUCUUUUCAGCAUUCUUCCCGGAAAGCACGUCCACUAUCAAAGGUGCCGGAGGAAGAGGGCGGUGAGUUAUCCCCGGUGCUCCCUCGAGCAGUCCGUCUUCUGGAGACGACGGAAGGAAUGACGCCGGCGAUCCGUCUGUCGAAGAACGAAUCCUAUCUCUGA